AAUAUUGAGGGCCACGUACUAACAUAUUCCCAGCCACCACCGUAUCAAGCGCACGGUACAGCUAUAGAUUCACCUUCACCGAUAUUCACUUUUUUCUCUAUCGUGAGUCGAAACGAUAGCACAAUACAAGCAUUCGAGGAGCGCAACUGGAAAAUAAAGCUCGAGUGCUGCCACAGAGGUCUACUAAACAUUAAAACAAACGCAGUUACCUGCGUCAUCUCUCACAAUGCUUACCCGCCAACUACUCCGCCAACGACCGCGUCUCACUUCGGUGACACGUCUGUCCCAUCCGAUUCCACGACUAAUGGCUCGUUUAUCAAGUACGGAGACGCAAAAGGUGUCUUCUUCAAGUAACACAACCACUGCUGCUAUUUCCUUCGCUGCGGGUCUUGCAUCGGCUGCAUUUGUGUAUUGGUUUUCAUCUCGGAGCGGACAGACCCCAACUCCGGCCUCUGCCCCUACUCCUACUCCUACUCCUACGCCCACACCCACACCCACGCCCACACCUACACCUACCAAAUCACUGAUGAAAGCCUCAGAUAGUGAGAGCACUGGCGUCCCGGAUCUGAACAAAUUGGGUUUAUCCGAUCAAAUUGCCUACAGUCCGCCUACAACAUCAGAAGGGGUCACAAACCAACUAAAUGAGCACGCCUUCUCCCAACUCGGAGUAGGGAAGCUAGUAACGAGAUACGACGGUACCCAGGUAGCUUCAAACAGUCCCUGCGAAGAUGCAUUCAUCCACGGGCAUUUCUCCGACCCCGUCAACAAAGACGGGGAGGACUGGCUUACUUGGGGAGUCUUUGACGGGCAUUGCGGAUGGCAGUUAUCCCACCUCCUAACAAAACAACUAAUCCCCUACGUUCGCCGCGCCCUCGGCAAAGCUAAGCCAAAGAACGGACAACCGCUCGGCGAAGCGGACGUACAAUCGGCUUUAAAAUCGGCAUUUUCAUCCCUUGACGACGCCCUAGUUAAAUCCGCGAUCCAAACAAUAGAAAGUGACCUAUUUUUUCCGGAAAAAGUAAGGAGGCUGGAAGCCGCAUACGCGGGUUCUUGCGCUCUUCUAACGCUUCUCGACCCGGUGAGCAGAAAUCUCACGGUGGCUUCUACGGGUGACUGCCGCGCAGUGUUGGGGCGGAAGGGUGCAGAUGGGAAGUGGGUAGCUACAGAACUUUCGGAGGACUGCACAGGGGCAACUCCAAGCGAAAUUUCGCGUAUCAGGGCCCAAUUCCCCGAUGAGCCUGAUGUUGUACGAGAGGGCCGAGUGUGGGGCAUGCAGCCAUCGCGGACUUUUGGCGAUGGGAUGUGGAAAUGGACAUCGCAGUUGAAGGAGCUAUUACGGGAUAAUUAUAACGGCCUUAGUUUACCGUCUGCGGUGCGCUACAAGGGGUAUAAAGAUGGCCCAUAUCUCACGGCAGAACCUCUAGUCACAACUACCAAGAUUCCAGAGUCGGAACCCUCGUUCUUGAUCCUAGCGACUGAUGGUUUGUGGGACACGAUGUCGAGCGCGCAGGCUGUUGAUUUGGUAGGGAAAUGGGUGGAGUGGCAAGCUCAAAAGCAAGCAAAACCAGUGAAACCUGCGAAAUCGGAAUUUGGCCCGACGAUUCUAGGGAGGAGACGGCAGUGCAAGUAUGAGGAAGAGAAUGCCACGUUACAGGACGGUAAUGCAGCUGUCCACUUGGUUCGGAACGGCCUAGGAGGUGGAGAUGAAGAGAUGGUAAGGGGCGCACUAACAUUCCGGUACCCGAACUCAAGGGACAUUAGGGACGACAUAACAGUCCAGGUUGUCUUCUUCACUCCCGUUAAAGCAUGAAUGGUUAUGAGGGGAUAUAUGAGGGGGGCCGACGUAUACCCAUUAGCGGGCGGUUUUAUACCGUCGGCGCUUUUGAUUUUUGAAGCUUCAUUAGGCGGCAUGAGACUAUGAAAUGCAUGUGCAUAAGG